GUUUUAGCAAUGGAUUCACGCGGACUCAGCACCAGCACAGGCGCAGCACUGAUUGCAGCCCGGCUGCUGCUGGAAGCUUCGGCUCCGCAAGCUUUCGUGACGCCUCAGGCGACGCCCCAGCCGGCGCUGGACAAGAACACGCCCAAGGCUGUUUCCGGUCGUUCAUUGCGCGGCAGCCAGGAGCCUUCCUCCGCCGGUGCCUCCGCCUCCCUGGCCGCCGUCGGCCUCGGGGCGGCGGCCCUUGGUGCUCGGGCGCUGAUGCGGCCUGCGGCAGCCAAGGCCCGAAGCGCCCGCGUAGCCAGGGAACUGAAGGUCUUCCGCCGGCAGCAAGCCGUGAAG